CAGGACCAUGACGAAACCGGGCGAGAGAGCGACUUCAUGACGCGCAAUGGCCUGAACCUGAGGUCCUUCCAGCGCCGUCCCGCAGGCGAGAAGGUCGUCGAGCUCGACAGGUCCAUGAAGCCGCGCCAUCUGCACAUGAUUGCCAUUGGCGGCUCCAUCGGCGCUGGUUUCUUCGUCGGCUCUGGCAGUGCUCUCAGCACCGGUGGUCCCGCUUCGCUUCUCCUGGACUUCAUGAUCAUCGGUAUCAUGAUCUUCAACGUCGUCUACGCCCUCGGUGAACUUGCUGUAAUGUAUCCCAUCUCGGGUGGUUUCUACACGUAUUCGACCCGCUUCAUCGAUCCUUCCUGGGGCUUUGCUAUGGGAUGGAACUACGUCUUCCAAUGGGCCAUCGUCUUGCCGCUCGAGCUGACUGUCGCCGGCAUUACCGUCACGUAUUGGCCCGGGGGAGCUAAAGUCCCCGUCGCCGUCUGGAUCACUGUCUUCUGGCUCUUCAUCUGUUUCAUCAAUAUUUGGGGGACUUUGGGAUAUGCCGAGGAAGAGUUCUGGUCAUCCCUGCUGAAGCUCUCGGCAACCGUCAUUUUCAUGAUCAUUGCCCUCAUCUUCGUGUGCGGCGGUGGUCCCAGCAGCGGCAUCUACGACGAGUACUGGGGCGCCCGCUUAUGGUAUGACCCUGGAGCGUUCCGAAACGGCUUCAAGGGUUUCUGCGCUGUCUUCGUCACCGCAGCCUUCGCCUUCUCCGGCACUGAGCUUGUCGGUUUGGCCGCGGCCGAGACAAAGAACCCGCUCAAGUCCCUCCCUGGCGCCGUUCGCCAGGUCUUCUGGCGAAUCACUCUCUUCUAUGUGUUGGGUCUCAUGUUCAUCGGUCUGCUCGUCCGAUCCGACGACGAGAGACUGCUGGGCUCCGGCUCUAGUGAUGUCAAAUCCUCCCCAUUCGUCAUUGCUUCCAAGGAUGGCGGUCUCAUCGGAUUCGACAGCUUCAUGAACGUCGUCAUCAUGGUCUCCGUUGUCUCCAUCGGUAUGUCGGGUGUCUACGGUGGCUCGCGUACCCUCACCGCCCUUGGGGAACAAGGUUACGCGCCUAAAAUCUUCACCUACAUCGACCGCUCUGGUCGGCCGCUCUUCUCUGUCGCCGCCAUUCUCUUGAUGGGUGCGCUUGCCUAUAUGAAUCUGGCCGCCAGCGGUGAGACAGUUUUCGGCUGGCUCCUUCAGCUGUCCGGUCUCGCCGCCCUUUUCACCUGGGGCUCCAUCUGCUUGGCCCACAUCCGCUUCCGCAAGGCAUGGGCUUACCACGGUCACACCCUCGACGAGAUCCCCUUCAAGGCCGUUGGUGGCGUCUAUGGCUCCUGGCUCGGUCUCAUUCUUAUCUUCCUCGUCCUGGUGGCAACCUUCUACACCGCUAUCUCGCCCGUUGGCACAGAUCUUGGCACCGCCGAAGACUUUUUCUACUCGUACCUUGCCCUCUUCGUCGUGGGCCUCUUCUGGAUUUGCGGAUACUUCUGGAAGCGCGCUGGAUGGCUCCGCACGCACCAAAUCGACGUCGACAGUGGCAGGAGGGAGCUCGACUGGGACUACAUCAACAAGCAGCGUGAAGAAUUCGCUUCUUGGCCCGCUUGGAGGCGUGUCUUGUCUCACAUAUUCUAG